AUGGCGAUUGGCAUUCAAUCGAUUCUUGCCGCAAUAUUUGUACUUGCAACAUGCGCCGCUUCCGUCCACUCCCACCCAGAACCGCGUGCGGCAUCAUCUCCCAAGUACUUUCACGAGCCUGGGGGAUCCCUGGCGCGGAUGCACUACGACAUCCGCUACUUUAAAGGGGAGGCCGCCUACGACGACCGCCAGUCGAUCCUGCGCGACCUUGUCCGCAGCUACCUCGAGGUCAUGCGCUCGAAGGGCGUCGAGACGUGGCUGGCGCACGGUACCUUGCUCGGUUGGUGGUGGAACGCGCGCAUCAUGCCGUGGGACUAUGACCUCGACGUGCAAGUCUCCAACGGGACGAUGGAGUGGCUCGCGAGCAACUUGAAUGGUACCACGCACAAAUACACAUUCGGAAAGGGGGGUAUUGACGAGGCUGCGGCUGUUGGUGCCACCAAUGGCUCGCGCACUCGCACAUAUCUUGUUGACAUCAACCCACAUUACGUAGAUGGCAGCUCUCAGGGCGGCGGCGGCGGCGGCAACAACGUCAUUGAUGGACGCUGGAUCGACACGGAAAACGGCAUGUUUGUCGAUAUUACUGUCCUCGGCGAGCGCGAUCCGCGGCGGCGACCCGGCGAAUGGUCCUGCAAGAACGGCCACCGCUACGCGGCGCAGGAUAUCUGGCCGCUGCGGGUGACUGAAUUCGAAGGAGUGCCUGCCCGAAUUCCCUAUAAUGUCGAGGACAUUUUAAAGCAAGAAUACUCGCACAAGUCAUUGAGCAAAGAAACACAUCAGAACCACCAGUGGGAUCACGAUUUGAAGCAAUGGGUCAUGGAUGACCCUGAGCAGCGUGGCCGUCUCAAGGACGCCGCGGCAUUGCACAAGAAGCAACAGCUUGUGCGUCAAGGGCGUCUCUGA